AGUUAAUUUUACUCGUUAAUGAUAGGGUUUUAAUUAAUGGUUACUCGAAGCUUAUUAAAUAGUAUAGGUUCAUAAAAACUUAAUAAAUAAAUUUAUGAAAUAAUAAAUCUUUGACACAUUGAAGUUGGUUUAGAAAAUCUGGUAUAAGCUCAGUUAAUAAUUUAAAUUCUGUUUAUUUUGAAAAUAUAAUUAAUUACACGGUAUGCGUAUAGAAUUUUCACUUUUAAAACAUUGCAAUUCCCAUACGCAGGUCUUCAGAGGAAAACUUCAAUUAAAUUUUGACAUGCUACAACGUACUGUUGUAUGUGCCACAUGUUUUUUGAAAUUCCUAAAAGAUUUCUAGAUUUUUUUUAUUUCGGGAUUAUUAUACAUUUGGAGUCAUUCCUUAUGAUUUCCAAGACUUUGAAAUAUUUUUUGUGUUUUCCAAUAUUUUGAAGUCAGUUUUGUGUCCUGGUAAUAGCAAAAAUACCACGUGUCCCUUCAAAUUGAAAUAUUUAUUUAAUAAGUCAAAGGGCUAGCGCUCAAUUUAACAAACAAAAUUUUGUUUUAUUUGUAUGUAUUAUCAUCCUGUUAAUAGAAGAUUGAAUCACGCAAAGUGCGGUAAAAGUAUGAAUAAAAUAUUUUACUUUCACGUAUGGUAAUGAUAGGAGCAUGAAAAUUCAACAAUAAUUGAAUACCCCAGAAUGAUAAGUCGGUAAAAACCACUUUUUACGAAAAUCUGGUUUUUGCGCGAUUCCAACCAUGUAGACCUAAUACACGUAUUAGAGUAAGAACUGAACAUAUCAUCUUAGUAGAUUAGCCAGUAGAUGGCGCAAAUAUAUAUCAAUUUCUGUCAUUGAGAAUGAAAAGUCGGUAUAUCCGGUUUUUACCCAGUUUUCAUUCUAAGUGAAGUCGUUAAAGUGUUUGGUUACUGCGUUGUUGUUUUUUACCGGCUGACUAUUUGCUAGCAUUCUCAUGAUGUCUAGUAACAGUGAUAUCGAAGUAAUGAGCGAUGAUUUAGACCCAGAUUAUAGUGAUAGUGCUAACAGUGAUAAUGAAGUUAAGGAGAAUAAAACCAGAAAAAGAAAAAUAAAUAAACAUCUCUGGAAAAGGGUUCAAAGGAAAUCUAACCUCAAUAAAGGACUAGCAUGCACAUCUAAAUCCGGAAUAAAUAUGCCUGCAAGGCGAGGUUAUGAAUGCGACUGCAAAAAUAGAUGUACAAGUAAAAUCUCAGUUGAAGAAAAAGCAAACAUUCUUGAUAAAUUUAACAACUUGGCUGAUAAAAAUGUGCAAGAUUCCUAUCUUUUUGGAGUGAGGUCUGUUGCAAGAAGGCGACCAGACAUUAUGAAAAAGCGACUUCUUGGAAAGGGCCAUCCGAUUGAAAAUAUUUUAACUGAUAAUGAAUUAAUUCAAACAUCAAAACGAAACUCAUCCUUUCAUUAUAAGAUUAUAUUAGCAGCCGGACGUGAAAUAAUGGUUUGCAAAAAAGCUUUAGCGGGGCUUCAUGGCAUAAAAUUUGGUAGGAUUGAUCGAAUUGGGCAAGCUAAAAAAAGCAAUUCGGCUCCUCCGACAGACAAAAGGAGUUUAUCUGAAGGAUCCAGGGUACUUAAAAAACCAGAAGCUCUAAUCCAACAAAUUGAAUCACAUAUAAAUUCAUUUCCUAUUCGCAUCUCGCACUACACCAGAAAUAGGAGUCAAAGAAAGUUUCUUUCGCCCGACUUAAGUGUGAUGAAAAUGCGUGAGCUGUACGUGGAAAAGUACAAUAGUGAGAAAUAUCGACAGUGGAAAGCUGAUAACAAAACAAAAUUUGAAAUCAACUAUGAUUUUUAUCUACACAUAUUUAACACCAAAUUUAAUCUUUCAUUUGGAAAACCUAAAACGGACGUCUGCAAUGCAUGUGACAGAUUCAAGAAUCAAAUAGAUGCGGCGGAAAAUCCAGAAGGAAAAGCUCGAUUGAAUCAAGAACACUCUGUACAACAAGCCAAGGCGCAGAAAUUUUACGACGACCUUAAGCGGUUCAGUGAACAAGCUAAAACGGACGAAAAAAUGGAUGUUAUUAGCUUUGACUAUCAACAAAAUUUACCAGUACCCGUACUUCCAAUAGGUGAUAUUUUUUAUAAAAGGCAGCUUUGGGUUUAUAACCAGUGUUUUUACUCGGCAAAAACGGGCCAUUCUUAUAUGUACAUGUACAAUGAAGUCGAAGGAAAAAAGGUUCAAAUGAGACAACAUCUUUCUUAAAACAUUAUGUGGACAAUGUUGAUCCUUCAGUGGAGACCUUGUACUUAUUCACAGAUAACUGUGUUGGGCAAAAUAAAAACAUGGUUGUUGUCCAGAUGUUAUGUUCGUUGGUCGCCACUGGAAGAUUUAAAAUGAUCUACCAUCGAUUUCCUGAAAGAGGUCAUUCGUUUCUACCAUGCGAUCGCAAAUUGCUUUUAUUGAAAAGGAAAAACGCAAAGUCACAUACCUUUACUUGCCGGAAGAAUGGUAUUUAAAAGUGGCAAGAACCUCAAAAACGUUUACUGUUAUCAAUGUACUGCCACGGAUGAUAGGAGACUUUCGUUCAUAUUUCCAAUCUUUCUUUAAAAAAAAAACAUAAAAAACUUUACCUUCUCAAAAUACAAAAGUUUUAAGUAUGAGGAUAAAAAAAUCACCGUUUCUGUAUGCCACAAUAUUGAAAGCCUAAACCAAACUUUUAUUGCAUUUAAAUCUAACGCAGAUUUAUUUGCUUUAAAGGAAUGGAAUGUAGCCCAACUCUACACUACAACUUUUCAAGUUAAUCCAAAAAAACUUCAAAACUUAAAGCAACUUCAAGAUUUCAUUCCUGCAAUAUAUCAUGGAUUUUAUAACUCUUUGGAUACAACAGAGCAACAGCAGGAGGAAAGUGAAACCGACUUAUCCGAGAGUAGUGAUUUAUAAAAAAAUGUUAUUGUCAAUUUAACUUAAAGUUUUGUAAAUACAGAAUGACAACUAGGUA